AUGUGUGAUUGCGAAGUUUUAAACACCAGUGCACAAGAUGGUACGUCGAAAACAAGCGAAUGGCUCAUGAGUAGUAACUUUUCAACAGACUGUGGCGAUCGCCAACAGUCUUCUUCAUCGGGAGAGUCUUCGCGAGCUGUGUCGCCGAUCGAGGAUUCUGAGCCAGUUAAACCAGAGGGUAGUGGAACAAAGCUACACAGUGAUCAUUACCAUCGGAAACAUCGUCACUCGAAAUUUCACAAGAAAAAACAUGUCAACAGCUCCGGCGUCGCGGUGGAUCGAUUUAAAAGAACUGCGACUGUGUUGCGCUGUUCUGGACUUCUUCAGAUCACGAGAAGUAUAUCUCAACUUCUACAUAACAAUGAAAUAAUUCAAAGUGAGAUCGACAAGCUUCAACAUGAAACGAAGGAGCACAGCCAGCAGUUACAGAGACAAUUGCAAAAGAAACUUGAAGUCGAAAGGGAGACCAGAGGUGCGUGCAGUCCAGAGGGUCAAAAGUUACUCACGAAACUCGCUCAAUUUGAGUGGAAUUGAACUAUUAUUGGAAUUCGCGCAUUAAGUAAUUCUUAUUCUUUAAUCACUUUUUUUCAAGGUUGUUUAUUUCAUUUUUGUAUGCGGAGAAAAAACAUUGGUAAACAAGGAAUGAUAAUAUUAAUCAAUGUAACUGGUGUGCAGCGAAUUAGAAAGUCAGGCGACCGGAUUACGUAACCGUACUGCUUGUUAUUCCUUUACUUGAAUGAUCUUUCAUUUUGGACUCUUUCGAUCGAAUCUAAAAUUAAACAAGCGAAGAGUUACUGUUAUUAUGGAUGUGUGGAUUUCAUAGAGUUAAGAUUCGCAGAAAGAAUUAGCGCGCACAGUUCUUCCAAUCUUUAUUACUUGGGUUAUUUUUACGCAGGUUGAAAAUAAUUUGCUCAUCUGGAAAAUUCUUUAUUCAAUAAAGAGUUGAUGUACAAUUUAUUUGACUUUUUUUAUUGUAUACUAUAGCAGAAGGGGCGAGAAUUGUAAAGAGGAAUAUUUACAAUCUAAUUGAAAAUCCGAGUGCUAAGAAAAGAACCGAUCUUAAAGUAGACUCAGUAAGCAAUGGUUAG